CAAACAAAACAGAACAAACUUCACUUUAAACUCAGCUCUGUCUUUUGGCUCCUGCCUGAAACCUCGGCCACUAUGGACAAAUCCAUCUGCACAUUAUUACUGCUAUUAUCCCUGCUGUUCAUUCACACUCAGUGUGUGUACGGCGAGGGUUUUGCACUGUCACCCAUCCAACUUGCUCCCAUCCCCUGUAAUGACAAAACAGUGGAGAAGCUGUCUCGUCUGGCUGUCACUUACAUCAAUGAGGAUCGCACCGACGGCUACAAGUUUGCCCUCAACCGCAUUGCAAAUGUCCACCUGCAUGCUCAGGGCCCAGCAGGCAAUGUGUAUUACCUGGACCUGGAUGUCCUGGAGACCAAGUGUCAUGUAGGUAGCCCAAAACCAUGGAAACGCUGUGACGUCAGACCAUUCAUGGAAACACAAAUCUCUGGCAACUGUAACACCACCAUUCUUCACACACCAGACGGAUACUCCUACCUGUACAGCUACGACUGCUUUCUUGUCCCAGAUACUCCAGAGAAGCUCCAGCUGACCUGUCCAACUUGCCCCCUCCUGCUCCCUGAUGACAGCCCACAAGCAUUGACUGCUGCUCAGGUCACUCUGGCUCACUAUAAGAGACAGUCCACACUGAGUGCAGGGCUUGGGGUGAAGAGGAUCACCAGAGCUGCAGCACAGUCUGUGCCAGUGAAAGCCAGCUUCGUGGAGUACACAGUCCAAGAGUGUCCGGAGGGACUGACAGAGAGAGGCACCUGCCAGCGACUGACAGUCAAGUCUGACACAGAGACUGCAGGUUUCUGUGUGGGAUCUGUGCACGGAGACUUGAAUGUCCAUCCUGAUGUCCAGGUGUCCUGUGAGAUGUUCAAAGCACAGAAUGUGGACAUCCUCAGACCAGUGCAGCCUCAGGGUCACGACCUCCCACUAGACCCUAUGAUCCCAACGUUCCCGCCUCUGAUCGAUGACCCAGGAAAUGAUCCGCUGCCUGUUCCCUCUGACCCCACACUGCCCCCUGUUGUUCAACCAGAGCCAUUUGACCCCACGCCAAUUCUCCCUGCACCCUUUGACCCUGUGCCCUUUGAUCCCCCUGUUGUGGUCAACCCCUUGAACCCCCUCACGUCAUCGUCCAGUGAGUCAGCUGAGGAUCUAGUAAACCAGCAGCAAGGACCACCAGGUGCUGGAUCUUUUGCUUCAUCUUCUGAAGAGAUAGGAGGCCCUAUAGCACUGCGGCCACCCUUUGACUUCCACUACCAGAAGCCUGAACGCAAGAAACGGCAGGCCCUGAUGGAGACCUCACCCUCUCACGACCCCAUCUUUCUGUCUGAUUUCCCCAGCGGAUCCUCUCCUUUCCGCUCCUGUCCUGGUCCUUCUCGUUACACCACAGUUUAACUAGUGCUGCCAGUGAGGGGGUGGGCCGAUAAACUGCUCCAUUCCCUGUCACUGGAGGCUUGUAAUAAUUUGUGCUAAUGAGAGGAAUGCUGUCUCUUCUCACUGGCCCCGAAAUCACCUCUCUGCUGCUACUGUAAUACUGCUCCAAACGUAGCCAGUGCUUAAACCAUAUGUAUUUGAAAAUGGCUUAAAAUAUUGGAACAAUUUCAAUAAAUCUUGGUUUGAUGAACUUAUAUAUCUUA